AUGCCUUCGAUAUCAACGCGAGCAGGAGAGAUUUCAUACGCCGUCCAAGGAAAAGGACAACCUAUAAUCAUGCUUCACGCUACUCUCCACGAUGGCCACGACUACGAGACCAUCGCUGCCCGCCUCGCCGAACGCUACCAGACAAUCACCGUCGACUGGCCAUGGCAUGGCAGUUCGAAAGGGGUCUCAACCUUUGAAAACCUCAAUGCCGUUGGAUUCGCCAACGUACUGGAAGAUUUUGUCAGUGGGCUGAGCAUUGAGCCGGCUAUCUUCAUUGGCAAUUCGGUGGGCGGAUUUGCCGCAGCCAGACUAGCCAUCAAUCGUCCGGAGUCAGUUCGUGGCCUCGUCCUGGUUAAUACAGGCGGCUUUGUUGAUUGGAACUUGUUCUCCCGUCUGGUAACUCGCAUGCUUGGUUUCGCAACCGUCUCACGGAUUGUGAUGCCACAUCUGGUGCGACGAUAUAUGAGCCCUCAAACCAGCCAUGAUGAAGAAAUCACCCGCCGAGCGGCUGCGCGGGCGGGAACGGUGGAGGGGGCCAAGGCUGCGGCAGCACUUUGGCGGAGCUUCUUGGACGACGGCCAUGAUCUGCGUCCUCGAGCGAAAGACAUGAAGACGCCUGUCUUGCUCGUCUGGGGGACGCGAGAUCCCAUUUUCCCCCUGAGCGCAGGCCAAGCGGCUCAUCGGUACAUACCAGGAUCGAGGCUGGAACCUUUUGACGCAGGCCACGUCGUCUUCUCGUCCAAACCAGAUCAUUUCUUGGAAGUGGUGGAACCAUUCAUCGAAUCGACAGUGACAGCUGACCAACAGACUUAA